AUGGCCGACAGAGCCGAGGGUCAGCAUGAUCGUAUUAACACAAUAUUUAAUUAUUUUACGGCAGGUAGCGGUACGCACCAUGGACAGUUUGGUGUUCAAAACGAAAAACAGGCAGUCACGCCCGAAGAUGUUUACCCGGAGCAGGCAGAUGCUGUGGAUUUUAAUCAUAAGCUCGUGGAGGGCCAAGUAGUAGCCUCUGAAACCGAAGUCUGUGAACACCAUGUGACGACAGGCACAUCAAAUUAUCAGCGGUCUGCACUUACUAGACAUAUGAACAGUGAUGACCAUGUCUUGGCCAAGAAAACAGUUACUCAGCAGAGGUUUAUGGCAGCAGCUAAAGUGACUGUACAGAAGCAAUAUAUGCCAAUGCUUGAAUCACAAUUAAGAACAGCUGCCUGGAUGGCAGAGCAGAAUAUAGCCAAUAAUAAAUUUCUGCCACUCAUUGACUUGCAGAUUGCAAAUGGAUCAUCUCAUUUCACAGAUAGAAAGGGUAUAUACACCAACCACCAAGCCCCAGCGACAAUGCAGGAAUAUAUGGCUAAAGUUUUGAAAGAAAUGGCUAUUGUGCGCAUUAAAGACAGUCCAUUUUUGGGGAUAAUGGUUGACGAGUCUCUAGACAUUGCCACAAACAAAAAACUGAUAAUGUUUUGCAAAAUUAUUCACAAUGGGAAAAUACAAAUUGAAUUUGCUGCCAAUAUUAGUAUUCAUGAUGGGAAGGCAGAUACUGUGUACAAUUGUAUUGUUGAGUGGUUGCAGGAAAUCGGCUAUAAUAUAAAUAAAGUCAGUGGUUUUGGGAGCGAUGGUGCUUCAGUUAUGACAGGAAGAUUAACAGGUGUGGGGGUCAGGCUAAAAGCUUUAAAUCCCAAAAUAGUUCAUAUCUGGUGUGCAGCUCAUAGGCUUGCUCUAGUUUCAUAUUGGGCAUCAAAACGUAUACCUUAUUUGCAUUCCAUUAAUGAAAUAUUAAUUGCCAUAUACAAUUUCUACAAUUACUCUGCUCCAAGAUAUGUGAAGAUAAAAGAGUUGCAGGCAUUACUUGGCAAAAAAGUGAAACGCUUUAAAAGGCCCAGCCAGAUCAGAUGGUUAUCCAUGUCUGAUGCUGUCGAUGCUUGCUACGAGUCGUAUUCUGCCCUGGUAUUAGGACUUGAGCAUGAGGUAGCUUCCUCGCCAAACAGCGAGGGAGGUAACAAAGCCAAGGGCAUAUUAAAAAAAAUCAAAACUUUUAAAUUCAUUGCAGCACUGUGCUUAUUGAAAGACAUUUUGAAAAAUCUGGAUCAAGUUUCUAAAACAUUCCAGAAAAAUGUUUUGGAUAUACACCAACUGAAAACUGUGAUUAAGGCAACUAGAAAUCUAAUUAAUUCUUAUCGUGACAAUGACCCCCCAACUUUGUCGACUUGUAUCCAAAUGAUUGAUGAGAAUGAGGAAUUCCAAGGUAUUCCACUAGUUUGCAAGACAGCUUGGUGUUGCAUCGUUUGA